CUCCGCCUUCAGCCAAUCCCGAUGUCCCCUCUGACGUUUGGGUAGGAAUGGCUGAGGAAACAACCGAGGACCAAAGAGCACGUGCCGCCGAACGCGCCCGGGACUGGGCCACGGAGGACGCGAGCCGUCCUUCUCGGCACCAGAGGCGGAGCUGACGCCGCCGAGUCCCGCCCCAGUCUGCGUCCGCCAGUAGUCCAGUCGCUGCUCUUUUCCAGGCCGGUUAACCCGAACGGGAGGAAUUUAAAAGUACCGGCUGGCUGUCCUUCCUAGUGCUCGAAGCCGCGCCAUGCUCGCUCUCCGAAGCGGCCUGACUAGGGGUUUGGCUGCGCGGACGCUCGCGCCUCAGGGUAUAAACAGAAGGGGAUGAACCAACUCUAGAGACUGACUUUCUGCUGAAGGCUGAGGAACCAAUGAUGGCCCAUUCACCCAAGAUUAGCAAUAGAGUCUUUAAUCUUUCCUGAUUCUCACUCUACUGGGGCAGGACCAAAAGUUAUCCCUUACAACUUUAUUCUGAACUUUGAUUAUUGAAUGUCAGCCAGUUCUCAUAAGUGAAUCGGAAGUCGGUGCUGUGGAAAAUGAGCCCUUAUUUGGAGGUCUGCUCAUCUUUUGCUACAGGCCCCAGACAAUACGAUGGAACUUUCUAUGAAUUUCGUACUUAUUGCCUUAAGCCCUCAAAGAUGAAUGAGUUUCUGGAAAAUGCUAAGAAAUACAUGCACCUUCGGACUGCAUACUCUGAAUUGGUUGGAUUCUGGAGUGUAGAGUUUGGAGGUCAAAUGAAUAAAGUGUUUCAUAUUUGGAAAUAUGAUAAUUUUGCUCAUCGAACUGAAGUUCGGAAAGCUGUGGCCAAAGAUAAGGAAUGGCGACAAAUCCUCAUUUCAAACCUGGCUCUCAUAGAUGAACAAGAGAAUGAGAUUACUUACCUCGUGCCAUGGUGCAAGUUAGAAAAGCCUGCAAAAGAAGGAGUCUAUGAACUGGCUAUUUUUCAGAUGAAGCCAGGUGGGCCAGCUCUGUGGGGUGAUGCAUUUAAAAGGGCAAUUAAUGCCCAUGUGGAUCUAGGCUACUCAAAACUAGUUGGAGUUUUCCACACAGAAUAUGGAGCACUCAACAGAGUUCAUGUUCUUUGGUGGAAUGAGAGUGCAGACAGUCGUGCAGCUGGGAGACAUCAGUCUCACGAGGAUCCCAGGGUUGUGGCGGCUGUUCGGGAGAGUGUCAAUUACCUCGUGUCUCAGCAGAAUAUGUUUCUGAUUCCGACACCAUUUUCACCUUUGAAAUAGUUUUCCACUGAAAUACGAAGCAUUGCAUUAACUGCCAUAAGAUGUGCCUUCUAAUGGUGCUUAAAUUCUCCUAAGAGAUUCUCACUUGUCUUUAAAGAAGGUGGUAAGUUAAUUUUCUGUGUCUCUGCAAUUCUAAAGCCACCUCUAUCCUUCCUUCCUCUGUUUCCUCUCCACCUCAGGAAAUAGUUCUGUUCAUUUUCCCCUUGGCAUUUCAGUGUCUGUUACGCAUUAGAAAUAGUUGCUACUACUUGAUGAUCUUGAUUUUUCAUUGGUUUCAGAAUAUCUCUUAUAUUCUGUUUUGACAACCCUCUGCUUUUAUAGCAUUUUCUUCUAUUCAAAUGAUUUUACAUUUUGUACCUGAUGUUUUUAAAUUAUAUAUAAUGUCUAUCUUUUCAUGGCUCUUUUUUCUGAGAUUUAAAUUUUUCUUUCAUUCAGUAAAGUUUUGUGAUCAAAUGGGAUUCUAAGACCAAAUAUAUUUCUUUACCUCGGCAAAGUACAGUGUCACCUGUAUUAAUUAUGGUUUUCAUAUUAAUUAUGAGUCAAAUUUAGAAGAUAAUGUAAUUAGGUCUCUGCUAAAAACUUCAGAAGACUUGUUUUUUGUGCUGAAAUCUGUUCAUUUAUAGUUAAUUUUUCUUCGUUUUGGAUCACUAACAAAGAUACUUGGGACAGCUAUUUGUUUUAAAGAGAUCUUUAUGGUUACAAGAAUGGUUUCCUGAAUAAAAGCCUACAUACCCA